AUGGCCGGAAGAUGUAUCGCGGGUCUAGGCAUAGGUGCUUCAGCUCCUGUCAUCCCAGUAUUCAUUGACGUCCUUGACAGAUACAUUGCCGAAGUUGCGCCCCCCACCAUCCGUGGAAAGCUCGUAGGUUUCUAUGAGAUUGGGUCCCAGGGCGCGCAAAUGCUCGGGUUCUGGGUCAACUAUGCCGUCAAUAAGACUAUCAGUCCUGAUAUCGAAUUCGAGGCACACCUAGCUGCAAAGCACCCCGGCCUCAAGGGCAAGCUCAAGGACCUCACAAAGAAGGGAAUCCGCAAUCGCCUGGCCAUUGGCCUUUGCUUGAUGAUGUAG